AUGUGUAUGGGGUCGCCAUACGUGAAUGCCUGUCUGCUGGAGGUGAUGAGGAUCCGGACCGUCGUACCUCUCUCGAUCCCUCACACCCCCUCGGAGACGGUCAAAGUACGGGGCUAUGACAUCCCUAAGGGAACCCAGGUGCUACCUAACCUGUACUCCGUCCACAUGGACCCCGCCUACUGGCCUGAUCCGGCCCGGUUCGACCCCGGAAGGUUUCUGGACGCGGAGGGGAACGUCAUCAACAAGCCUGAGUCCUUCAUGCCUUUCAGUGGAGCCAGCUUCGAGUUGUCGGCCAUGGCGUCGGAAAUCGCGUCGGACCAAAAAGGACUCUACUCCAAACUCGGCGUGCUCCCAACAGCGACUUUGGAAGAGAUAGUGGACUCUUACAAGAAAGAGGUUACUUUGUACGAAGAAGCCACUCAGCUCAAUCGCAAGGACUUCAGAUUCAAGGAAGCGGAUUGUAGAUACCGCGAG